GAUGACUUCGAAAAGGUCCGUAUGUUUAUCAUGGAGGUCACUCUAUCUGUCUUAUCGUGCACGACCGCCUAGUUCAAUAUUUACCAGUCGCCAAUGCCAUUCCAACCAAACGAGCCACAACGGGACAUUUGCAAAGAGAUCUGAGUUCACCCCAUCAGCUGAUUCUAAGCAUGACUGGAUGGGUCCACCAGACAGGUUGUCAAACCUGCGGCCAAUCCUAUAUCACAUACCCGAGAAUGAGACAGAGCUGGAGAAGCUAUUAAGAAAACUGAGGCAAGACACAGAGGAUUGGAACCAUGAGUUCUGGGCAAAGCAGAAUGUCACUUUCAGCAAGGAGAAGGAUGCCUUCAUUGUUUCAAAGCUCCAAGCACAGGGCUUGUCUGAGAGAGACGAGAAAGGGCGAAAGAGGGCUCUUAACAGUGAAGAAAUGGCUGUGUUUUACAAAAGCUUUCUGGACACAAAUCGAAUAAGACAUUCAAGUUACAAUAAAGAGUGGUACCAACGCAACUUCACCAUCACCAUGCUCAUGGGCAGAGUGGCCCUCAACAACAUCUGGAAAAAGAUAACAGAGAGGCGGGGCAGCAAGAGAAAGAAAAAGGACACCAUAUGAUGCUCAAUAAAAACUAUCUUCGACUCCAA